AUGUCCUCUUAUAACAACAGCGUGUGUUUGAACGAGGCCAGGAGAGUAGCGAUUUUCGGAGGGACUCACGGGAACGAGAUGUCCGGCGUGACGCUCGUAAACCUGUGGGUGAAGAACGGCGCCGAGAUACAGAGGAAGGGGGUCGAGACCAAACCUUUCAUCACCAACCCGAGAGCUGUGGAGAAAUGCACCAGAUAUGUGGACACGGAUCUGAACCGAGCCUUCACCCCAGAAAACCUCAGCGCCCUGGGAGGAGAUGACCUGCCCUAUGAGGUGCAGAGAGCUCAGGAGAUCAACAGGAUAUUUGGACCUAAAGGAAGCCCGGAGGCCUACGAUGUUAUCUUUGACCUCCACAACACCACGUCCAACAUGGGCUCCACUCUCAUUCUGGAAAGCUCCAAAGACCACUUUAAUCUACAGAUGAUGAACUACAUCAAGAAAGCCAUCGCUCCAGCCAGCUGUCUCGUCCUGCUGAACGAACACCCUCUUCUGAAAUAUUCCACUUCACGCUCCGUAGCCAAGCACCCCGUCGGUCUGGAAGUGGGUCCUCAGCCUCAAGGUGUUUUGAGGAGCAACAUUUUUGAAGCAAUGAGGGUCAUACUGAAACACGCCCUGGACUUCAUCGACCUGUUCAAUGAAGGCAUGGAGUUCCCUCCUUGUACAGUGGAAGCUUUCCGAGUCACAGAGAGGAUCGACUACCCCAGAGAUGCCAAUGGAAACAUCAUUGCCAUGGUUCACCCCAAUCUGCAGGACUGUGACUGGGAGCCGCUGAACCCCGGUGACCCUAUGUUCCAAACAUUUGAUGGGAAGACCAUCCGCUACCAAGGCUCAGGCCCCGUCUAUCCCACUUUUAUUAAUGAGGCAGCCUAUUAUGAAAAACAACAGGCGUUUGUAACCACCAGGCGAGAAACCUUGGUGGCCAGCAGCAUCAGAAAAGCAUAAAAACUGUUUUGUGAGGCUAACGGCGAUCUUGAUUUUGUGUUAGCCACAGCAACGUGUAUAGAUUUUGCACUUUGUUCUGUUAGGAAAUGACAGACUUUCCUCACAUAUUGAUUAGACACCAUCUUUUUACACACUGAUUUAGUUUUUUUAUGCGUUUACUAUCAGAAAAAUCAAUUAACUAUGCAAAGAACAUUUGUGGAGGCUUUGCAAAGAGUCACUGUGAAAGUCUUUGAUCUGAAGACUGGUAUAUUGUUGUGAUAAGUAUAUAUGAUACUGUUGUUAUUUAAAACCUGAUUACAUUAAAUUAACUAAGCUUUUUUAAAAAUAUUAAAGGCCAGGCUUAAUCAUGGAUGACUUAUGAAUCAUUACACAGCACUCAUUAAGUUCCCUUUAAACUGCUCAGGAAGGCCAUUGAGGAUCAUAACCUGCUAUUUUUGACCCAAAACUGUAGUCAUUUGUCUUCUUCUGAAAAUAUAUUUGUAAAAUCUUUGGGAAGAUGUUUGUGGCCUUUGAUACUACCUACCUGUAACUCCAGUGGUUGCAUCUGUGGUGCUGUCCUAUUGUUGCCUUAAAAAAAAGAAAACAACUGAUUUCAGUGAAAAUUGCACAACGAAUUUGGAGUGGAAUUUGUAGAUUACGUGUUG